AUGGAGGACGCACCGCCCACGCUCGAAGAGGCCGCCCCUGCGCUGCCGCUGAUCCCCGUGACGAUCCUGUCGGGCUUCCUGGGCGCGGGCAAGACGACGCUGCUCAAGUUCAUCCUGCAGGCGCAGCACGGCAAGCGCAUCGCCGUGAUCGAGAACGAGUUCGGCGACGAGAUCGGCGUCGAGAGCCUCGUGGCCAAGGACGGCGCGGGCGACGACGCGCAGGUCAUGGACGGCUUCUACGAGCUGAGCAACGGCUGCGUGUGCUGCUCCGUGCGCAGCGACCUGGUGAACACGCUGGAGAAGCUGCUGGAGCGCCGCGACCGCUUCGACUACAUCCUCGUGGAGACCACGGGCAUGGCGGACCCGGGCAAGGUGGCCAGCAUCUUCUGGGUGGACGACGAGCUGGAGGGCCGCAUCUUCCUGGACGGCAUCGUCACGCUCGUGGACGCGCCGCGGCUCGACUUCCACCUCGACCACCCGGACACGCAGCGCGAGGCGGCGGCCCAGCUGGCCUACGCCGACAGGAUUCUGCUCAACAAGGGCGACCUGGUGCAGGACAAGGACAGGAGGCGCGAGAUCGAGCAGAGGGUCAGUCAGGUCAACGGCGUGGCUAGCGUGCACUGGACGGAGCGCUCGCGCGUUGACUUGGACGACAUCCUGAACAUUAAGAGCUUCACGACAAGCAGGGCGGAGCAGGUGGAGAAGGAGCUGCACUCGCUGCUCUAUGCUGGAGAGGAGCACGACCACGAGAAGUGCAACGACGAGCACCACGACCAUACUACGCACACCGGCGGCAUGCAGACGACGUGCGUGAGGAUUCGCGACGGCCCGCUCGACCACGACAAGCUCGAGAGGUGGCUCGGAGAGCUCCUGUGGGAGCAAGAAGAUGAUGAAAUCAAGGAUGCUGCAGCGAAGCACCAGAAGCUCUUCCGCGUGAAGGGCGUCGUGGCAGUAUCUGGUGAACCCAAUAAGUUCAUCCUGCAGGCGGUGCACGAACUGUUUGAGGUGUAUGCGUCGGAAGAACGCUGGACGGAAGACGAGCUUAGUGUCAUGGAAGGUCGCGUCACGCAGGUGGUAUUCAUCGGCCUCCACUUGCGUAAGAACGAGUUGGAGGCAGGGCUGCGCAGUUGUGUCGUUGACGACAAUUAG